UAAAUUCCACUUUUGCUUAGAACAUAUUUAUAAAGCAUAGCUACAGAUAAUAUAGAUAACGCAUCUCACGUCAGAUCUUAUCCGAAACUGAAUAUCUUCAUACAAUGUUAGUAAUCUGGGAGAGGCAGAAAUGUUCUUCAAUGUUCUAUUACUGGUGUUAAGUUUACAUUUAUGUGCCGGACAAACAAUUUUAUUUGGAGCAUGCGAAAACGUGGAAACGAUGAAAUAUUUUGAAUUAGAACGAUUUCUAGGUAAGUGGUAUGAGAUAGAACGAAUACCAUCUUGGUAUGACGACGACGCGAUGUGUUCCUACAAGAUAAUACAACGAUGUGGUAGAAGAAUCGAGUUUCAGCAUGGUUUUGUUAAGGAUAGUAUACAAUAUAUAUUGCACGUGAACAGCACAUACACGCCCGGAGCUGAGGCCGUGUUUGAUAUUCAGAAAAAUAAUAUAGAUCCAUUCGGAAUCCCGCUGUCCAUAAUAACGACUGAUUACACAAACUAUGCAAUCAUGUAUGGAUGUAAAGUAAAUCCUGAACUAAAUUUGAAGUAUGUUCUCGCUUGGGUGUUAUCAAGAAACAAGACAUUGUCAUCAAAACUAUUAGACGAAGCUCAUCAAAGGUUAAUGACGAUACCAUCAACAAGCCUCGCAUACUUCCAUCCGGUCAGCCACAGUGAAAAACUUUGCGACCACAUGUGGUCAGCCCAUGUCCACGCACAUCAUCAUGAAGCAGACAAUGAUUCACUCGCUGAAACUUGAAACUCAUUUCAAACAAAAAUAUAUAUUUUUUGUUCAAUCACAGCUACUUCUAAGUACAACUAACUUUGAUGUUAUUUUUUUCUUUAGAAUUUGAGGAAAAUGCAUUAAUAUAAAGUAUUUUUUUACAAUUUGUAUUUAUUAAAAAUUAUAACAAUCGUUCGUCGUAAAAAUUCUCUGGGCUGUAGUCUUCAUAUCCUGGUUCUCUUAGUACCAUAUAAACCUUAUAAUAUCUCCUUAAAAAGAUUGCGUUUUUCGAAAACAUAUUCGUAUAUACAGGCAAAUUGAGAAAAUCCUCUUUUUUGAAAUUUUUUUAGUCUUAAAGACCAAGAAGGUGUUAUAAUAUAAGGUUCACCCGAAGUGCAUAACUCCAAGGGUUAUGGGUUAAAACAAUUUUAUAUUUGUGGAUCGCAACAGAAGUUUUUUCCACGUCAGCCCACCAUCACAUUAUAUUUUCUAUUUCAAACAUGGAGCUUAUCCAAAUAACCUGGAUUCUUACCUAACAAAGACUUUAUUACCCCAGUUUAAUUGACAUGUAAGAACACCUUAAGAAUCAUAUUACUCUCAAUAUACUAUGA